CGUGCCAGUCGAAAGAUGAUCUGUGUCAAGUCAAACAUCAUGGCUGGGACUUUGGAAUGGAUUAGUGCAACUGCUUUGGAGUACCGGAUCACACUAAUGCUGGCUUUGGCAGCGACGGUAAUGGUGUAUUUUAUGACCCGGAAACGUUACAAGCUUCCACCGGGACCACGUGGUCUCCCGUUGCUUGGCAAUAUUCUAGCUAUACAAAACAAGUCACUGUUCCGGAUGCUGAUACAGUUGGAAAAGAAGUACGGCCCCGUGAUAACCCUUAACCUUGGUCCAAUACGCACUGUGUUUCUCAACAACUUGGAAGUUGUGCAGGAAGCGUUCGUAGGGAAGUCUGUGGACUUUGCGGGACGGCCGCAGACGUUCUCAGGAUUGGCUUUCACCGAGGGAGGCAAGGACAUUGCUUUCACAGAUUAUGGACCGACGUGGCAACUCCAUCGGAAACUGGCACUGAGGGCUCUCAAGCACUACAUGAAAGGCGAGAGGUUUCAGGACACGAUAACUGAAGUUAUGGAAGCUGUGACUGUAGAGAUGGGGACAGAGACGGGCUCGUUUGACAUCUACAGCUACAUCAACCUCGCCAUCUUCAACAUCAUCAGCAAGAUCUGUUUCAAUGAGAAGUUUUCAUCGGACAAUGAAGAGUUCCUGAACGUCUGUAAGACACUUGACAUCUUCUCGCAAGAAACAGGAAAUGGAUUCGCGGAAGAUGUAUUCCCUCCUUUAAGACUUUAUCCAACAGCAAAAUUCAGGAAGUUCAUGAAACUAAACGACGAGGUACUUGACUUCAUGUACAAAAGGAUCAACUCACACAGAGAAACGUUUAUAGCAGAUGCACAACGUGACUUCACAGACGCCAUGUUGAUUGCCCAGAAAGAGGCAGAGGAGGAAGAGGACCAGGAGCUACUAGAACAGAUUACCAACACGCAUCUUGGCCAGACAGUAGCGGAUGUUUUCGGAGCGGGCUUGGACACGUCUCGACAGACUCUGUAUUGGACAGUCCUGUACCUUGCAGCCUACCCGGAAGUACAAGCGAAACUCCAUGCGGAAGUGGACAGGGUGUUGGGAAGGAAAACCUUCAGAAUUCAAAUCAUUUCCUGUCAGUGCCAUUUUCAAAUGAAGUUUGCGAAGUUUAUCACAGGCAUUUAG